AUGACGAUGAGACAGACUCCAAAGGACAAGCCUGAAGGUUCAAGAAAACCGGAACGUCCUGGGAAACCAGAGGGAUCUAAGAAAACUGGAAACGAUAAUGACGAUGAGACAGACUCCAAAGGUAAGAAAGUAACUGAAGAUAGAGGCGAAUCCUGUACUGAUAAAAUUAAGGAUAAAAAGGACAAGCCUGAAGGUUCAAGAAAACCGGAACGUCCUGGGAAACCAGAGGGAUCUGAGAAAACCGGAAACGAUAAUGACGAUGAGACAGACUCCAAAGGUAAGAAAGUAACUGAAGAUAGAGGCGAAUCCUCUACUGAUAAAAUUAAAGAUAAAAAGGACAAGCCUGAAGGUUCAAGAAAACCGGAACGUCCUGGGAAACCAGAGGGAUCUAAGAAAACCGGAAACGAUAAUGACGAUGAGACAGACUCCAAAGGUAAGAAAGUAACUGAAGAUAGAGGCGAAUCCUCUACUGAUAAAAUUAAAGAUAAAAAGGACAAGCCUGAAGGUUCAAGAAAACCGGAACGUCCUGGGAAACCAGAGGGAUCUAAGAAAACCGGAAACGAUAAUGACGAUGAGACAGACUCCAAAGGUAAGAAAGUAACUGAAGAUAGAGGCGAAUCCUCUACUGAUAAAAUUAAAGAUAAAAAGGACAAGCCUGAAGGUUCAAGAAAACCGGAACGUCCUGGGAAACCAGAGGGAUCUAAGAAAACCGGAAACGAUAAUGACGAUGAGACAGACUCCAAAGGUAAGAAAGUAACUGAAGAUAGAGGCGAAUCCUCUACUGAUAAAAUUAAAGAUAAAAAGGACAAGCCUGAAGGUUCAAGAAAACCGGAACGUCCUGGGAAACCAGAGGGAUCUAAGAAAACCGGAAACGAUAAUGACGAUGAGACAGACUCCAAAGGUAAGAAAGUAACUGAAGAUAGAGGCGAAUCCUCUACUGAUAAAAUUAAAGAUAAAAAGGACAAGCCUGAAGGUUCAAGAAAACCGGAACGUCCUGGGAAACCAGAGGGAUCUAAGAAAACCGGAAACGAUAAUGACGAUGAGACAGACUCCAAAGGUAAGAAAGUAACUGAAGAUAGAGGCGAAUCCUCUACUGAUAAAAUUAAAGAUAAAAAGGACAAGCCUGAAGGUUCAAGAAAACCGGAACGUCCUGGGAAACCAGAGGGAUCUAAGAAAACCGGAAACGAUAAUGACGAUGAGACAGACUCCAAAGGUAAGAAAGUAACUGAAGAUAGAGGCGAAUCCUCUACUGAUAAAAUUAAAGAUAAAAAGGACAAGCCUGAAGGUUCAAGAAAACCAGAACGUCCUGGGAAACCAGAGGGAUCUAAGAAAACCGGAAACGAUAAUGACGAUGAGACAGACUCCAAAGGUAAGAAAGUAACUGAAGAUAGAGGCGAAUCUUUUAAUAGUAACAUAUCAGAAGGUGCUGAACGUGGAACUGCUUGCAAAAAUAAAGGAAAUAGUGAUGGAAAAUCUAGAAGCACUGAUAAUAGUGGAACUCAGUCUCAGGAGAAAAAGAAAAAGUCGCACGGAUCUAAAAAGAUAAUCAAUAACAACCAGUCCGAAUCCAAAGAUUUCCAAAGAUACAGUGAACUCAAGCGAUCGCAAUAUAGUGAAAACGACGAAAACCUCUCAAACAAUCAGAACGAUAAUGAAAAUGGUAACACUGUACGAUCCUCUGAGAGCGCGUACCAAUUUAAUCAACAGGAAUCAAAGAAAUCUAGCCAGAGAUCUUUCAGAAGUUUUCAAUCAAACAGUGAAAAUAACGAUCCCAAUGAAUCUACCAAGGAAAUCAGCUCUAGCCAGUCCUCAUCGGAGAGCGCUUCAUCGUCUCGGAGCAGUUAUCAUUCUAGCAGCAUGCAAAGAUACCAAAAGACAUCGGUUGAUGAUGAUCAAAAUGAAUAGACAAAUAAAAUAUAUUUAGAACCAGAAUGGAUAUUACCGGGAUACACUUUUCAUAUCUAGCUACAAGAGAGCUUAACAGCAGUAAAUUUAAGAAUGAAGAAUUGGCGAACACUACUGUGGUUGCAGAUAUAUUAAGAAAAUCCAAUUACAAUUCGAUUAUUAAUAGCAUCUAUCAAAUCGAUACCGAAAACAUUAUGUUUUUCAAAAACUCUUCCAUAAUAUUUACAAUAUAUUAUGCCAUUCCAAACAAAAAACAAACUGUUAAUACUAAUCAAGGUUCAAUGAAUAGGUUAUUUUCAAAGUAACCUGUUUCUGAGGCUUUAUAUAAAAAGUCAAAGAUGCGUAGAAAUAUGUGAGCUCGCCAAUGUCGAAUAUACGGUCUCACGUGCACAAGCUAAUAAUUAAAGUAGUGUUCGCUUUAAAAAAUAUAAUGUAUAGUAUUUCAAAGGUAUUUCCUGCAAGGAUUAGAUCGGUUGACAAUGACCACAGGCGAUUAAGUUAAAAUGGACAAAGAGAUUUUAGAAUAAGAAAAUUGUUUGAAGCAUUUAGAAAAGCGGCCGAUA